GUCACCUUUCUCUCCUCGUGACCGUAGCAUAUGUUCUGCGAACGUUCAUGGCGCUCACGCGGCUCUGAAAAACGGCGCGCUGCAUCGCCGCUGCGCUUCUCGUAGGCAGUCCCGUGUCUCGCGCCGUCGUCGCGCCGCGUCCGACGAAGUCGUCCGCGCCAGGUGGAUUACUCGAGAUCGCCCGGGACAUAGUUUCCCCUGCGGGCUUUCGUGAAGCGGACGAAUCUCGAUCCCGACCGACCGAGAGAGUCGCGCGCCCUCGUCGGUCUCUCACCCCCUUCGCUUCGUGUUGAUCGGACCGGGACGAAUCGUGAAGCUACGUCGGCCACGAGCGACCAGGGAAGAUGAUAAUCGUGAGCGGCGUGUUGCUGAUCCUGGCGGUCGCGUCCAGAGUGGGAUGCCAACGGAACACUCCGAGGAGCGCACGAGCUAGCCGAAAUGAGGCGGCCUUGGAAUUCGAGUGUCCCGAGGAAUUCGGAUACUAUCCUCACCCACGCGAUUGCACGCAGUACUAUGUGUGCGUCUUCGGCGGCGCACUGCUCGAGUCCUGCACGGGAGGCCUCAUGUACAGUCACGACCUGCAGACGUGCGAUUGGCCGCGAAAUGUAGGCUGUGCGGAAGGUGGCUCGUCCGAUAAGGAGGUCGAAGAGGAUCCCCUGCUGGAAAGAUCCACGAAGCUCGACACGCUACAGGAGCAGCAACCGCAGCAGCAACGGCAGUCGCAGCAACAGCUACGGGACCAGCAACAACAGCAGCAACAACAACGACCGAUCCAAAGGCCGGUCACGAUCACGAGCACGUCGCCGCCGGUCUCACAGAUCGAGAGGCAGCUGCGACAACGGCAGCACUCGCGAACGAAUUACCACGAGGACGAGUACGGGCCCGCCUCGGAGGUCGAGAACGAUCGGCAGCAACGGGUGUACCGGGGACAACCGUCGACGAUCGGUCAGGUGCAGCGUGAUCGUGACGGUUUGAGACGGAACAUAAUAUCGGAGAGGGAGAAGGACAGCCUGGUGAGCGCGCGCGUCCAGGCCGAGACUCAUUACAGAACGCCGAUCCCGACGUCGGAGUCGCCGAGGCUCGCGAAAACCCUGGUUUCGACCGUGGCACCGGUUCUAUCCAAGGCGUACUACAACGACCCGGAUCAGAGUUAUCCGUAUUAUACGAUUUACGACGACGAUGUCUCCAUUUACAAGGACGACGAUUACAAUCAAUACACGGUGAACCAAACGGUGCAGCAACCGAACGUGAAGAUCAGCGAGGUGAACACGAAGCAGUACCAGAAGCCGAAGAAGGUCGCGGUCAACGAGGCGGACAAGUACAAUCUCAAUCAGGAUGUGCAGGACUACGAUAUCUAUGAGAAUCAGGCGCAGCUGAACAAGAACAAGUUCCGCAUUACUGACGGCCAGCAGUACAGGACAAAUGUGCUUAGCCAUCCCGUGGUCCACGUUACGACGCCGAACGUCAUCGUCGACACCUUCAUACCGCUGACCACGAGCACGCAAAUCCCCAGCACGACCAGCAGACCCUACACCGUCAACGCACCGAGCCGAGGUCGACCGCAGCAGAUCCAUCGGGGCACGGCGCCGCCGCGAUCAUCCCGACCCACGUUAAAGCCAUCCACCGAGAUAGUUUCGAAGGCGCAGGAGUUCAUCGAUAUCUACAGGUAUCCGCCGGUGAGGCCGGCGCCGAUCUAUCCGACACCACAAGUCGACAAGCCCGCGGCGAAAUGUCGCAAGGACGUCUGCCUGCUUCCGGAUUGUAGCUGCGGAGGUUCCGACAUCCCAGGUGACUACCUACCGGAGGAGAUACCGCAAAUCGUACUCUUGACCUUCGACGAUUCCGUGAAUGACCUGAACAAGGGCCUGUACGCCGAUCUGUUCGAGAAGGGACGAAAGAACCCGAACGGCUGUCCCAUCUCGGCCACCUUCUACGUGUCCCACGAGUGGACCGACUACAGCCAGGUGCAAAAUCUCUACGCCACCGGCCACGAGAUUGCCUCCCACACGGUCUCACACAGUUUCGGCGAACAGUUCUCGGCGCGAAAGUGGGCGCGAGAGGUCGCCGGCCAACGUGAGAUCCUGUCGGCUUACGGAGGCGUCAAGCUGGAGGACGUGCGGGGGAUGAGGGCUCCCUUCUUAUCGGUCGGCGGCAACAACAUGUUCAAGAUGCUCUGGGACACGAACUUCACGUACGACUCCUCCAUGCCGAUCUAUGAGAACCGGCCGCCCAGUUGGCCGUACACGUUGGAUUACAAGCUCUUCCACGACUGCAUGAUACCGCCCUGUCCCACGAGAUCCUAUCCGGGCUUGUGGGAAGUUCCUAUGGUAAUGUGGCAAGAUCUCAACGGCGGUAGAUGCUCGAUGGGAGACGCCUGCAGCAACCCACCGACACCGGACGGCGUGUACAAGAUGCUCAUUAAGAAUUUCGAGCGGCAUUACACGACGAACAGGGCGCCAUUCGGUCUGUUCUACCACGCCGCAUGGUUCACCCAGCCGCAUCACAAGGAAGGCUUCAUAUCGUUCCUCGACACCAUCGUCGCCAUGGACGACGUAUGGGUGGUCACGAAUUGGCAGGCCAUCCAGUGGAUUAGGAAUCCAACGCCCUUGGCGCUCAUGCACACUUUCGAAUCCUUCGGAUGCCAUUAUCCGGACCGACCGAAGAAAUGCAACAACCCGAAGGUCUGCAAUCUCUGGCACAAGAGCGGCGUGAGGUACAUGAAGACCUGCCAGGCAUGCCCGGACAUCUACCCGUGGACAGGCAAGACCGGUAUACGUAGCAGUCGCAUCGACAACGAGGUCGACGCGCACGAAUGAGCUGUACAGACGGAAAGCGCAGUUUUCGUUGCGAUCGGGAAGAGAGAGAAACCGCUCAUCGUACGAGAGGCAAACCCGAAUAACGUGAACGUCCCACCGAAAAAUGCGUCGCCACCACGGACGGCACAAACUUCAAACAGACGUCCGCAAGAUGUUUCACCUUUUCUGGACGUCUUUUCGAAACUUAUGCUCUCUGGAAGUAAAAGAGGGAGGAGGCUAGAGAGGAGGUUUAAAGGAUAAAUCUUAUUAAUCUUCAAUUAGAUUUAAUCACUUAAGCAAGCACUUAAAUUUAAUUAAAUUUCACGCGAUUCAAUUUAAUGCAAUUUAAUUUGCUCUAAUUGAAUUUUUGUUAAAUUGAAUUUCACCCAAUUUAAUUGAUUUACCAAAAUUGAGCAAAAUUGAGUUGAAUAAAGUUUAAUUAAAUUUGGUUAAGUAAAAUUUCAUUGAGUUUAAUUAAAUUUCGGUCAAUUUCGGUUUGAAUUCAAUUGAUGAGUUAAAUUUCGGUAAAAUUCGAUAGAAUUUCGUUAAAUUGAAUUCUCCCCCUCUCUCUGGGCUUCUUCGGACUUUCUCGCGGAUUUCUUCGCGUUAUUCGGGCUUGCGCCGCUGUUGCCGCGCUAGGAGGGAGGACGCACUCUCUUCCGUUCGGUUUAAGUAAACCUCGAGUGCUGCACGCGCGCGUCCUCGCGGACGGACGCACUCGGGCCGAGUACGCCGAUGCAACGAGUGUUUCGCGCGACGAGAAAGCUGUCCCUCGCGACCGACCGGGGCUUGCGGAGAGAGAAAGAGAGUUCGUGGGAGAUCCGAAACGGUCGUCCACGAUUUCCUCGAUCCUCCUCGAAAAUGUGGGUGAGGGCGAAUAUCACGAGGAGGGAUCGCGUGUCGGUCGGCCUCCGCAGCGUGUCGUCCGCUCGUCGGCAAGCUUUUGCUCCCCGUUUCAUUUCUUCUUUAUUUCUCGUCUUAUUCGAGCGCGUCGAUAUCGACAUCGGUAUCGGAGGCGCGUGCGCCGAGUUAAUUCGAGCCGCGGAAAAAUGAAGAUCGUGCGAAGAACACCGAAGAGCCCACGCUUUCUCUCCUUUCUUCUCCUUCUUCUUCCUUCACUUCUUCCUUUUCUCUUCCCGUUUCUCUCGCGUACUUUCCCCUCAUUUCUCUCAGCCGACUCUCUUCCGCCCCCCCCCUCCCUUUUUCUCUUUUUAUCUCUUACUCUUUCUCUUUCCUUCUCUUUUUCCUCUUCUUCGUCUAUCGUUCCUUCUUCUAUCGUUACCUCUGUCGAAUUCGCGAACAUCCUCGGCGUACUCGGCCGAAUUCGGCCAAAUAGAGCAAUUAAUUAAAUCGCAACGCGUUAAUAAUUAAUCGUCGGGAUACGUAAGUAAUUAAGCGCCGGUCGCCGGAGACUAUCAUCAUUUCGUAAUUUAAAGAAACUCGCGACGGCUCUCGCGAUCACGUGAGAUUCACGAUGCGCGGAGGAGGUCUCGUUACUCUUUUUUUUUGCGGAGAAAAAAAAAACAGAAAAAUCAUAAGAAAAGGAAAGAGUAAGAAUCGAGGGAAUCUCGCCUUGACGAAGUAUCAUGCGCACGAGGGGAUCGUCGUGUUUACCUUCUAGAACGUAAAAAACUAUAUGUAAUAUGACUUUAUAAUAAAUAAAUAUUUCGCUACAAUAUACAUGUCUACCUCUCUUCUCUCUCUCUCUCUCUCUCUCUUGACCGACCGACCGACCGACCGACCUCGUUCUUUAAAAUCUCACAGACAAUGUCGGGAGGAUGUUAGAUUUAAUUAAAUCCAGUCUAACUAAAUGCGAUAUUCCCU